CGCCAAGCUCCGGGGCUGAGUCUCCGUGUUCUUGGAAGCAUUGAAUUGGAUUGGCUGGGUCUUCGAUUGCUUUGCUGCAUGCUGUCCAAUUUGGUUCGUAGUGGAGGGGUAGCUAUUCAUUCUUAAAAACAAUGUUCCCAUCUGCGCCACCACUACUACAUUUUGCUAGAUACAGCUUCAAAAAGGUACAGGAAGUCCGAACUUCCCGAAGAUAAGAAUCUCCACGCUCGUCCCAAUAUUCUCAUUACGACAUAUAUUCGAUCGCACAGACAGGAAACCAGCGACCAUGGUUAAACCACCCGCAGGUCCCCCUCCGCCAGAAGUCCCAGAAGGAUGGAAAGCUCACUGGGACGAAACGUACAAAGCAUGGUUCUAUGAGAACAUUUAUACAGAAGAUACGGUCUGGGUGAAGCCCACGGAGCCUGUAUACCCUCCAGCACCAGCAGGAAAGAAGCCGCCUGCAGGGCCGCCUCCAGGAUUCGUCGCUGAUCCAACAGCUUUGACAAACAUCAUGGCCGCCGUUUCGAUCGGCGAGAAUGCACCACCUCCGCAACCCGUAUAUGUUUCAUAUCCCCAAUCUGCUGUUCAGCAACCUUACGGCGGCGCACAAUCUCAGCAAACCGCACCCCCUCAACCUCAGCACAACCCCACACAGCCGCCUGCUCAGGCUCAGCAACCUCUCACCCCGCAACAACCAGGUUACGAUUUUUAUUCUUCACGGCCAGCUGUGGACUCAAGCCAACCCCCCGCUCCUUAUCCGGCCCAAGCCCAGCAACCUCCCGCUGUCCAGCAGCCAGUUCAUGCCGCAUAUUCCCAAACCCGAACGACAACUUCCCAACCUGCCGCUUCUCCUUCACCACAGCCUUACAACACACCAGGUACCCACCAAAUGAUGUACAAUCCCAAUGACCAACCCACAGCUCCUGGAGCUAGAGCUCUUUCUCCAAAUCCAGCUGCUCUAUCGAGCCCCUCUCUGACUGCUGGUUCUCCUCCCCCGCAACCCUACAACACCCCUGGUACUCACCAAAUGAUGUACAACCCCAACACCCCACCCACGGUAGCCGGUGCCAGAGCCCCUUCCACUAAUCCAGGCCAACCUGCGGCUGCUGGAGCCAGAGAUGCUUCUCCUAAUCCAGCCGAUCUCUCUCAUCAAACCAACAGAGAUUACUACGGUCGACCCCAGGGUCAAUCACAGUAUCCUGCUCAGCCAGCUUAUGGCCAACCACAACAAUACCCUACCAAUCCUGCCUAUCCUCCGCAGCCUGCCUACUCUCCCCAGCCUACUUAUGGCCAACAACCCCAAUACGCAACCCCACCACCAAUUCAGCCAGCAGGACAGGAGAAACACGGGGUUAUGGGUAUGCUCAGCAAGUUGAGUGGACACUCUUCACCUGCUGCAGGCGCUAAGCCGGGAAUGGGAGCACUGGGGGGCGCGGCCCUAGGAGGAGGUGCGGGUUUGCUUGCUGGAAGUUUCAUUGCUCACGAGUGGCAUGAGCAUGAAGAAAAGGAGAGACUAGAAGAGGAGAGACGCAAAUCCCAUAGUAGCGGCUGGGGUUUUGGCGGUGGCCACAGUAGUAGUUAUGGAUAUGGCGACCCUACGAUUGUCCAAGAGACGGUGAUUGUCGAAGACAACGACACCUAUAUUGAUAACAGCGAUACAUACGUCGAUAAUGAGGAUACUUACGUGGAUAACAACGAGGAUAACAACGAUUCGUCGUCUUCAUCAUCUGACAAUGACGACGGCAGGGACGACGACGGCGGGAACGAUUACUGAGCCUGAAACUGGAAGUUUCAUCAGCAUCUGAGGCUAUUUUCUCUAGAUUUUUAGGGUGGUGUAUCCAAGCGUCUAUCGAGUAAUUUCAUAGCGAUGUUCCUCUGUCGAUUCUCAAUGUAAGAAAUGUGUACUUUGCCUCUUACGCUCUAUUUUUGUGGAUUGUUGUUUACUGGAAAGACAUUCUAGAGAAAUUCCCAAGCCGUCUUUUCUUUAACCUUCACUCGAAGCCUGUCAAAUGUUCAUUCUCGGCAUUGCAAUUUCCUUGUUUGUCUCACCCAAUGAAUGCUCUCCAUUCAAGAUUUCUCUGCCCCACCAAUGGGUCAUCCAACACCCCCC